AUGACUACAACGGCUGUUACUCGAUCGCAACAAAAAGAUACGAAUGGUGCUCAAUUUUCAAGUUCAGAGACAACAGCAAGCUUUGUUGGCUUCGCUAAUUUACCCAAUCAAGUCCAUCGAAAAAUUGCUAAACGUGGUUUUGAAUUCACUCUUAUGGUUGUUGGUGAAAGUGGUCUUGGUAAAGCAACAUUAAUCAAUAGUUUAUUUUUAACAGAUCUUUAUCCCGAACGGCAUAUACUUACAGCUCAAGAAAAAAUUCGUCAAGCAGUUAAAAUCGAAGCAUCAACUGUUGAAAUUGAAGAACGUGGUGUUAAAGUACGUUUAACCGUCGUUGAUACACCUGGUUAUGCCGAUAGUAUAAAUACAACGGAUUGUUAUAAAUCAAUAUUAAACUAUAUUGAUAAUCAAUUUGAACGUUAUUUAAAUGAUGAAAGUGGUCUUAAUCGUCGAAAUAUAUCAGAUAAUCGUGUUCAUUGUCUUUUCUAUUUUAUUUCACCAUUUACUCGAGGACUUAAACUAUUAGAUAUUGAAUGUAUGAAAGCAUUACAUCAUAAAGUUAAUAUUGUACCAAUAAUUGCUAAAGCAGAUGCAUUAACACCUGAAGAACUUGUUCAAAUGAAACAAAAUAUACUUGAACAAAUUCGUGAACAUAAUAUCCAAGUUUAUCAAAUACCUGAAUGUGAUUCGGAUGAAGAUGAUGAAUUUAAAGAACAAAAUCGUCUAUUAAAAAAUGCUGUACCAUUUGCAGUUAUAUCUUCAACACAGACACUUGAAGUUAAAGGAAAAAAAGUUCGUGGUCGAAUGUAUCCAUGGGGUUUAGUUGAAGUUGAAAAUUCUGAUCAUUGUGAUUUUAUUAAACUUCGUACAAUGCUUAUAACACAUAUGCAAGACUUACAAGAAGUAACCCAUGAAAUUCAUUAUGAAAAUUAUCGUUCGGAAAAACUUCAACCAAGAAAACAAUUACGUACAAAUGAAAAUGAUUCUGAUGAACAACAAAAAAAAAUAAUUAAAGAAAAAGAUGAUGAACUUCGUCGAAUGCAAGAUAUGCUUGCUAAAAUGCAAGGUCAAUUAAAUGAAAAACAACAAUUAGUUACACCUUAG